CAUAUUUAACUGUUACACAGCUCGGAAAUACACGGUUCAGCAUGGCUUUUGGAGUACCUGAGGUUUACUACUGAGCAGUUUUAUUAGCCGUUAAUGAAGACGUCCGACAAACUCCAACGCGCUGGUGCCGCUACACGGUAAAGUUACUUUGAGGAAGUAUUUCAUGGAGAGACAGUGUUGACUGUUACUUACGUUGCCUGGUAAACAACAAACAAGUGACGGAGCUCUGAUAGUCUAGCGUGGCUGAGGACUCUUAACAGGCUCCACAUUCUUCGACCAAAUAAUACAAAAUAUUUCGCUGAAAGUGGCCGUAAUGUCCAAAGCGAAGGCAAAGAGAACAGUCUCUACAGCUAAAACACAACAGAAUAAAAACAAAAAUAACACUGCGAAAAAGAAACACUUUUUUGAAAGGAAAUUUAAAAAGAAAAGGCCUCUGUCAAACGACCCAGGAAAAGCGCAACCUCCAAAAGAUGCCCAAUUGUUUUCUGCCAAUUGGAAAACAUUACAAGAGAUAUUAAAAGCCAGUCAGCCAGAGAAGAAAGAACCUGUGACACCAAAAUAUCAGAAUGGUGCUUUGCAAAAAAAGGAGGCUAAAGAAAAUUCUUCUAAGAAUAUUUCCAAGAGCAAUACCGGACCCAAGCAGAAAGACACUGGGAAAAAAGUAAAGCACAAAACUGUGUCUAAUAAUGUCCCCAAGGACGCUCAGGUGAGCUUGAAGGUUCCGGCUGUCUCACAGACAAGUCACCCCACUGCUCCAAAAAGGAAAAAGGACAGUGGAAAGUCAAAUAGCGAACAAGCAGCCAAGAAAACAAAGUCUGACGUUGAAGAGAGGAAACCCACAGAAGCGGACCUUUGGUUUGAUGACGUGGACCCUGACGACAUUGAGGCGACAAUAGGAGCAGAGGCAGCAGACAUCAUGAGGAAGAAGCAGGGCAUUCAUGACACCAAGGACACUGAGAGCGCCCUGGUCAAGGAGAAAGCCUUUGAAGGUCUCACCAGAGCUGUGGCCAUCGAUUGUGAGAUGGUGGGAGUUGGUCUUGACGGAGAAGACAGCAUCUUGGCGCGCGUGUCCCUCGUGAACCAUUUUGGGAAAUGCAUCUAUGACAAAUUCGUAAAACCCACAGAGAAGGUGACAGACUACAGGACAGCUGUCAGCGGCAUCCGACCGGAGGACAUCAAAGACAGAGAGGAUGUACGGACUGUACAAAGAGAGGUAGCUGAGAUCCUGAAAGGCAGAAUAGUGGUUGGACAUGCCAUACACAAUGACUUAAAGAUUUUGCUCUUGGAUCAUCCAAAAAAGAAAAUCCGGGACACUCAGAAGUAUAAACCCUUUAAGAAGAUUGUUAAGAGUGGACGACCCUCACUGAAACUCCUCUGUAGAGAAAUCCUCAAUGUGAAGGUUCAGCAGGGUGAACAUUCAUCUGUCCAAGACGCACAGGCCACCAUGAGGCUGUACACAAUGGUGAGAAAAAAUUGGGAGGCAGAGAUUAAAGCCAAUCAAAAGAGCAAAAACUCAGACAAGAAAAGCGAGAGGAAGCCUAAGUGGCCUAAGAACAAGGGCAAGAAACCCAUGGAUUAUGAAACCAGAACCAAUCUGCAAGAGGACAGAUCAUCUCCAGAUCAGAUCAGACCUGAGUGAGAUGAUCAGACAUCUGGUUUUGUUUCUGGAAAACAAAGGAACUGCAAGUAGACAUUUGAAACUAACAGAUGUGGAACACAUAAUAUGGCAUAAAAGUAUGAUACUCUAUCACAACAGUCCUAAAUGAUGAAAAACAAACCAUUAAGAAUACCAAGGGGAGUUAAGAUUUGCAUAAGAAUGUUUUUUGUUUUUUUCCCCACUGUUUUUUUGUCAGCCUCAGCUCCAGGAUACAAAAACAACUCAACAGGGGUGAGAGUCUGACACUGAAGUUUUCUUUUCGGGGUAUUGGAAAAUAUCAUUUCCUGAUGUGCUCUUCCCAGCAGCUGGAGGCAGAUGUUGAAAUACUGCUCCUUCCAACUUCCCUGACAGAGCGAUCUUGAGAAUUCAUUACAGUGUCUAGUAAUGCACUGGUGAUGUGUUGCUUUGCAUUAUGGUUCCACUGUUGUUCAGAUCUUUGGUCUCUCAUGACUUGAUUUGUAAUAGUUUGAUUCCUGGUUGCCUUAACAGUUGAAUUUUUGGAAAAGUAUGAAUUAUUUCUCCUUAUUGUUUAUAAAUCUCCUUAGUGAUUCCAUUUUAGCCAAUGACAGACGUGAACAGACAUAUUCUUGAUUUGUCUGGUCAGGUCACAAACAGACCUCUCCAAGAAGCAGGUCAACAGUUAGUUGAGCUGCCGAUAAACACGUAUGAUCAAUUAUUCCAUUUGUUUCCAACCACAAAUUCUGCAGUUUGAGACAACAGCAUUGUUUUUUGUAUCAUUCUUACCACAUGGAAGACCUACGUUGUCCAACUCCAGAGCAGCGUCUCAGACAUGGUGCACAGUCGUUCUAGACCAACAAUCUAUACUGUAUUGCCAUCUUUUUGUUCAUACCCCGAGCCUUUGAUUUCUCCAGACCUUCUCAGAUUGGCCAGAUGCAGAAAUCAGACAUACAAAGUUUUUGUGCAUAAAGACUUUUUUACCAAAUUACAUCACGUAUGUAUUUGUAUUUGUAUUUGAGUCUCAUAUUAUGGCAUCUCAUGUUAUGGUCUGUACUCUUCUAUAAAUGUGUGUCUUAUGCUUCAACAGCGAUAGAGUGAGGGAGUUAUGCUCCUCAUGUGCCCACAGUAUGUCAGUGUGAUUUGUUGCCCUUGUUUGAUGGAAGGUGUGCCCUAGAAACCUGCACCCUUGGUUGGAAGAGUCCGGGCUUUCAAUUAUAUCCGUAAGUUAUGGAGCCUUGAUCAGAUAUUAGUGGCCUUAGGAGGAUUAAAACUUUUUUUUGUCAUUCUAAGAUGAGCUAAUGAGGUGAGGGACAAGUACCUUCAGUAUGAGAGGAAGGAUGAACUGUUCUUCCUGAUUGUUUCUGCUUCUAAUGCUAGUAUAUUGUGUGCUAAAUGUGUGCUUCAUGGUUGGCUUUGUUCUCAAUGGCAAACCCUGCACAGAUUGUUUAAUACCAUGUUUGCAUGCAUUUCAGAGUGGGGAUUGUGCCACUUUAGGAGUGACAGAUAUAAUCUGUAAUUUUACAUUGCAUUAUCAUUAUAUAUAGAGAUGUCGUGCAUUUUCCAGAAAGACAAAUGAGUGGUGGCUAGUCCACAAAAUAAACGGUGAACAA